UAUUGUGGGUGAUUUACAGUCUGAUAAGUAGUCAUGGUUAGAAUAUUCAGUAGUCAUGUUUGGAAUAUUCAUUAGUCAUGUUUGGAAUGUUUAGUAUUCUUGUUUGGAAUGUCCUAUAGUCAUGUUUGGAAUAUUCAUUAGUCAUGUUUGGAAUUUUUAGUAUUCUUGUUUGGAAUGUUAUGUAGUCUGGUUUAGUCUUGUUUGGAUUUUUUAGCAGUCUUGUUUGGAAUGUUCAGUGGUCAUGUUUCUCAUGUUUAUUAGUCUUGUUUGGAAUGUCCUAUAGUCAUGUUUGGAAUAUUCAUUAGUCGUGUUUUGCAGCUCUAUUUUAUUAGGUUUUUAUUAAGUUUAUUAGUCCCUCUUUAGUGAAGCAUUGUCUGGCAGGUGUUCACGAUCAGUACUCCAUGAAGUUAAUGAUUGUGUGGUUUUUCUGCAUGAUGAAACAUGUUUUUAUUAUGUCAUGCUCCUGACAUUUGGCACAGUGGUCUGAUGUGAAAGAUUUUGCAAUAGGAGUUACAGUGUUACAUCUCCAGCUGAGCUGCUGUUUUUGCCACCACAUUAUGCUGUGUAGAAGUGGUUGGGUUGAUGGUGGUUUGGUCGUAAUCUGCCAGCUGGUGGUAAAAUAAAUGCACUACAGCGUAUCAGUGUAUGUGACAGGAGCCCUCUAGUGGUUGAUAUUAUAUAUACACGCCAAAGUAAACUACACUAGAAGAUUGUUCCGUUAGAGAUUGUUCAGUUGUUCAACUAUUAAUUACAUUUUGAUAGUGAUACCGUCCAGAUACCGGAUUAAGAUAUUGUGUGAACAUAUGUGCUCAGUUAACAGCUAAAAUUGAUUGUUUCUAUGAUCAAUAAAUGACCUUAUAGUUAAGAUUACCUGGUGGCCUGUUGAUAAUAAAAGUGCCACAGAAUAGAAGGAAAUAGUAGAACUGCUACUAUAGUAUAGUUAGAUGCAGUCUUUACAGGGCCUGAAGUAAAUAAGAGAUUACAAAUACAAAGAUUGCAUUUACAUAGAGUAUAGCCUUGAAAUAUUUUAAAACGCCCCUGUCCACAAGAUUCUUAUAAUAGUUUUGAGAUAUACACUAUAAUAUAUAUAUAAAUAUGGUUUCAAUACAUCCUUGUCAUCCUUGUCUGUAUGUUCCUUUCAGCCCUUUUUAAACAUAAUGACAAGUAUUAGAUAUUAAAGAAGUGUUUAAAUUUUGUGACGCUAGACAACUUUUGUAUUAAACACAAAGCAUACAUUGUACUAGACAAAGUGCAGUGCAAAAACUCUUGGCUAUGUUUUCAGAUCUUUCUAAAAUUCCCUCAUUCUUUUUUUGCUUGUCAUUUCUUUCAGCCACAAACCAUCUAUUCCAUUUUCUAACUUCUUCCCUGAUGUCUUCCAAAACUGGUACAGAGCCUCAUCUUUCAUCUGUUACUCUUUCUCUCAAUCCAUGGCCCUUAUCUCCUGUGGAAUUUGCCACUGUCUCUGCUGUUUGGUCCUCUGCAGUUUAGAUUCCAGCUUCUCUCUCUCUCUCUCUCUCUCUCUCUGUUUACUUUGUCAGCACUCGGCUCUUGUCAUCAGCACCAAUGUGAUUUCACUUUCAUUGCUGUGUAAUCUCAAAUGUCCCAGAUUAAAAAAACCCUGCAGUGCCCCCUAAUUUCCUCAUCCCCCACCUUCCUCUAUCCCUCCCUCCCAUUUCCCUCUCCAACUCUCUCUUUCUCUCUCCCUUCAUCGCCUUCAUGCUGAUGUUGAAUGAGUAGCUGGUAGUCCUACAUAGUAAAAGGUAUCCUUUUUGGAAGGAAACUUAAACUAAAGGGACAAAACGAGGCAGAAAACAACAUGGCGAGAGGGUGAGAGGUGAUUAAGAGAAAAUGGACAACAAAUCCAAGAGAAAAGUUGAGAUAAGUAGAUAGCAUCUCCCAUCAUCUGAUGUACUGAACUGCACAGAAGAUCUAAAAUUUGUCUAAUAUCUAGAGUUAAUAAAGGGGAACGAAGUGGGGAGCAAAGGGAGGGUCAAGAGAGUGAGAAGGCAAGUGAAGGUAGAGCUAAAACAGGGAAUGGGAGCCAAGCCAUCCAAAAGAGAUAAUAUCAUAAAGGGUGUUGUGUCUCUGGACACUGGAACAGCGGCGAUGCUCGGAGUCCUGCAGGGUACAAGGGGCAAAAACGGUGAGGAUGAGGAGUCAGGGAAUGAGCGAGUGUUUGACGAACCUCUAUGUGCUUUGGUCCAGAAUUGUACAAUGCUGCACAACAUCGUAGGUCCUGCCUGCAUCUUUCUGCGACAGAGCCUUGCUCAGGCCCAGCUUGACAGAGAUCUGAGGCCAGAAGAAAUUGAAGAGCUAAAGGAAGCCUUCAAGGAGUUUGACAGGGAUAAGGACGGCUUCAUCAGCUGUAAAGAUCUGGGAGAGUGCAUGAGGACAAUGGGCUACAUGCCAACAGAGAUGGAGCUGAUUGAGCUCAGUCAGCAGAUCUGCGGGGGCCGAGUGGACUUUGAUGACUUUGUGGAGCUAAUGGGGCCUAAAAUGUUGGCCGAGACAGCAGAUAUGAUUGGAGUCAAGGAACUAAGAGACGCUUUUAGAGAGUUUGACUCAAAUGGUGAUGGUCAGAUUAGUCUGGCCGAGUUGAGGGAAGCCAUGAAGAAACUCAUGGGUCAGCAGCUGAACCAAAGAGAGAUUGAUGAAAUCCUCAGGGACGUGGACCUGAAUGGAGAUGGCUUAGUCGAUUUUGAGGAGUUUGUGCGGAUGAUGUCUCGCUAAAUCUACAACUGAAGACAAAACUGAAUCAAUAAAUCUGUUCAGUCCUGCUAUGAAGAGAGAGAAAUAUUACCUGUCCAACAGAAAAUAACCUAAUGUAGCAUAUCUCAUAAUGGCUUGAUUUACUGAUUUUCUCUGUUUUUGUUUAAUGUUGAAUAAUGAAUCUGAAAUAUUCCAUGUAAAAAAUUUAAUUUAAGAGUCAGUGGUGAUUUAUAUGUUUCUAUGGUUAAAAACACAUAAUUCUUGUUGAAAACAUAGAAAACUGGCUCACGUUACAUAUUUCACCUUCAACAUAUUUAUUAUGGUAUUUUUGUAUGCAUACCAGUGACUGUAAAUAUUAUUACAAGUUUUUUUUCCAUUAAACUAGCAAUACAUUUUUAUAUAACUUAUAACUAUAUUUGGGCUUUAAAUGGCACAAAAUAUACUGCAUAAGUGGAUGAUUUAACUUUUAGAUUAAGCAACUUAGUGGUUUGCAUAAUUGCUUUGUACCUCCGUGACUGGGGGCUCGAUUCCAGCUUUGGGGGUUUCCUCCAGGUACUAUAGUUUCCUCUGGCACUCUAAAUACAUAUGUUGUAGUCUAAUUGGCAUGUCUAAUUUGUCCAUAGUGUGUGAAUGGGUGUGUGAGUGUUUGUGAUUGUGCCCUGGGAUGGUUUGGCACCCUGUCCAGGGAGGCCCCCAUUUUGUGCCCCAAGUCCCCAGGAUAGACUCCAGGCUCUCCAUGACCCUGUGUAUAAUAGGCAGAGCAGAAUAUGGGUGGAUGGAUGAAGGGACUGAGUUCAUACAAAGGUCUUAUGUCCAUUAUGAAAGUUACAGAGUACAGUAAGAGAUGGCAUGUAGCUUUCUCCUGCACAACCUGUGUAACGACUUUAGAUGAUCCUGUAUACUUUCUCUCUUUUAUUCUCUUUUAUUAUUUUAUUUAUCUCUGUUAUUCUGGAUCAGACCAUUUAAUAUGAUUCAAAUGCCUCAUUCUGUUUAUUUGUUUUCUCAGGUCUCUUAUUCUGUAGAACACCAUACUAUCUGAUGGUCACUGUAAAAUAAACUAUGUUUGUGCCCUUAGCCUCACCCAGGAAAGAUUAUGUUCAGAUUAAAUAUGAAUGAGAACAGAUUCCAGAGAAGCGCUGUUUACAUUGAAGAGAGUUCAAAUGCAUAUUUUAUGUACAAAACAUAAAUAUGGGUAUUGAUCAGUAUACAAUGUGACAAUCCUGGUGUUGGCUCUGUGAGUCUGUGUGGUCUGCUGUGUCAUGGCUGAGCUGGUGUUGCUCCUAGCUGCUUCCCUUUCACAAUAGUUACAGUUGACUUAGACACAUCCAGCAGGAUCGAAAUUUCAUGAACUGACUGGCGACAAAAGUGGCAUACGAUGACAGUGCCAUGUUUCAAGUCACUGAGAUUUUCAGUAUGUUUGUUUCACUAUGUUUGUCUAUGAAGAUUGCAUAGCUAUGUGCUUGAUCUUAUGUAUCUGUUAGCUUGUGAAGUGUUCAGCAGCUCAUUAUCAAGAUGCUGAGUAUUGGAAGUAGAGGAAGCCUGAAAAUGUGCAGAGCAGCAGGUCCAUCAGAUCAAGCUUUAAAUGUUUUAAUAAGCAAUUAUAAAUGUCAUGAAUCAGAGGCAGGUGGAUGUAUAAACUAGAUGAAUUUGUUUAAAAGUCAGUCAGCAGGCGGAACCAUGGUCAUAAAUAGGCAAAGGUCAAAUGAUGAGACAAACAGGGACAAAACCAGCUAAAAAAAACAGAAAGAGAGCAAAAUGAGAGAAGCAAUAGGGAAUUUCACUCAUGCAUGACUGAGCUGGUUAAAUAAACAAGAAAACAGGUGUGCUAGAAAUCAUGUGAGUGACCAGCUGUAUUCAGGAAAGAGCUGCUGCAGUGGAUCUAAAUGUUCUUAAAUAAAAAAAAUCUUCAUCGUAAUGUUUUGAAACUGAUACCUAAAUGUCAAUACUUUAUAUAAACUAUUUCCAAGACUUAAUAUCAUAUUUAUUUACAAAAUUAUUAAUAAGUGAAUGACCUUGUUUAGAAAUAAAUUGCUACCAAUUUUGUCUUCCUUUUAGUACAUCUGAGGAGUUUAAAUCAUAGUGUUUGAGUUAAGAGUGUGACAGCAAGAGCUGUGUCUUUCCUCCCUUAGUGACAAUAUAAUAGCAGCAAUCAUUUAUCAGUUCCCAAUAUUCUAUUCUAUUCUAUAUACAUUUUACUAUAUUCUGUUCUAGACUGCAUUCUUCUAUCCUAUCUAUUCUAUAUACAUAGAAUAUUCUAUCAUAUUCUAAUCUAUUAUACUCAGUCUGUUCUACUCAAUUGUGUUCUGUUUAGUAAAGGCACAAGACUACGUUUCUUUCUGAAUUCUUACCAUUCUGAAACAAUACCAUUACCCAUCCAACAUUACUUUAUUUUUUAUUUUUUUAAACUGCUUUUUGAGCUGUUUUUGUUCUUUGCCUUUAGUACAAAUGUGUUGACAUGUACAGUAUUUAUUAUAUUUAAUAUGUGCAUGUUUGUGAGAAGUAACAAAAUGUUGCCUACAGCAAUGAUACAACAAUACAUAGACUGUAAAAAUCACAGAUCAUCUAAAUAUAAGUAAAAUAUGGUAUUGGAAAAUAAUCAUGCCUAGU